AUGUUGGAGGGUCUGGUUGCAGGGUUGCUUAACCGCUUCCUAGGCUUGUACGUCAAAAACUUUGAUCCAACUCAGCUCAAGGUUGGAAUCUGGUCUGGCGAUGUUAAGCUCCGUGAUCUUGAGCUCCGAAGGGAGGCUCUCGACCAGCUCAAGCUGCCUAUCAAUGUCGUCGAGGGACAUCUUGGUCAGCUUACCCUUACUAUUCCCUGGUCCAACCUUAGUGGCGCACCCGUGAAAAUAUACAUUGAAGAUGUUUUUCUUCUUGCGUCCCCAAAGGAGGAGGCACAAUACGACGAGGAGGAAGAGGACCGCCGAAAACAACGUUUGAAGAUGGAAAAGUUGGAGUCUGCCGAGCUCCUGAAGGAGAGGUCUCAAGAGGGCCUAAGCACAGAAGAGCAGAAGAAGAGCCAAAGUUUCACUCAGAGCCUGGUGACCAAAGUUGUCGAUAAUUUGCAAGUGGAAGUCAAAAACAUACACAUCCGAUACGAAGAUUCUAUCUCAGCUCCCGGUCAUCCCUUCGCCCUUGGCGUGACAUUGCAAGAGUUCAGCGCCGUCAGCACAGACGAGGGCUGGCGCCCAGCCUUCAUCCAAACUGUCGUCAAGUCCACAAACAAGCUGGUCACGCUUGGCGCUCUUGCGAUAUACUGGAACACUGAUACUGAGCUGCUAGGCACAGGCCGAGAGGCCGUUGUGACGACUUCGGAAAAAAUCAUUCUUGAAGAAAUUCUCGACAAAUUCAAAAAGAUGAUACCAAAGGCUGAAAGCACGGAACUGGUUUUGGAUGGUGGAGCAGCGGACGACUCCACGAUUAUGGCGUCAGGUCCGGAAGCAGUCCACCAAUUCAUUUUGCGGCCCGUGAGUGGACAGGCCAAGGUCGAACUCGACAAAACCGAUGACGUGCAAGCACCAAACUUCAAAGCAAACCUCAUAUUUGAUGAAAUUGGCGUCGUCCUUGAUGACCACCAAUACCGCGAUGCUCUGAUGAUGGUAGACCUCUUCCACUACUUUACCCGCCACCAGGAGUACAAGAAAUAUCAUCCAAAGGGUGUCCGGCCCUUGGAAGACCCCAGAGCGUGGUUCAGAUUUGCGGGUAAUGCAGUUCUUGGUAAGAUCCAUGAGCGCAACAGGCGUUGGACUUGGGGCUACUUUAGGCAACGGCGAGACGAUCGCCGGCGGUAUAUCCACUUGUUCAGGAAAAAGAAGCAGAACCAGACGCUUACUCCCGACGAGACCGAUGACAUGACGAAACUGGAGCGGGAACUCGGGUACGAAGACUUACGUUUUUGGCGAUCUCUGGCACGAAACCAGAUGAAAAAGGAAAAUGCUGUCGCUAUGAGAAACCAGUCGAAAUCACAUACCCAGGGACAACAACAGCAGCAACAGGGAUGGAUCUCAUGGAUGUGGGGAUCCAAACCCGCAGAUCAAACUUCAGACGAGACCGAGAAUACACAGAUAACCGAACAACAACGCCAGGAGCUGUAUGAGGCGAUCGAAUGGGACGAGAAGACUGCCCUCGCUGCUGAUAUUGACAUUCCUAGAGAUGCUAUCAAGCUACAGAUCGAAGCAUCGCUCAGCACCGGAAGCUUUACGCUGAGACAAAGCCCCCACAAAGACAAUGUCAGAGAUCUUCUGAGCUUGCAUUUCGAUGUUUUCUGUGCCAAAACUCUCCAACGAUCAGAUUCCCUACUUCUUCAUAUUAGCCUCGGUGGAUUACGGCUGAACGAUGGUACAACGCCAGACAGUCUUUUCACAGAGAUUGUGCGUGUCAAAGAUGCCCCAGGAACCUCUAAGAAAAGGCGAUUGUCGGUAACUGAACUCGAGCUCGUAACGGUUGCCGAGGAAGAAUCAUUUUUCCAAUUUCAGGUCGAACAGAACCCACUAGAUGGACAGGGUGACGUUGCAGUCACGGCUAAGCUGAAGCCUUUGGAGAUUGUUUGGAAUCCGAACCUUGUCGUCGGCGUUUGGGAGUUUUUCAAACCGCCAGAACGUCACAUGGAAUCAAUUACGGCUUUGAUGGAGACAGCCGGUGCUACAGUCGAGGGCUUCAGGGAGCAGACCCGGGCGGGUCUUGAAUUUGCUCUUGAAGAGCACAAGACAAUCAAUGCCAAGCUGGACCUUCAAGCCCCAUUGAUCAUUAUUCCCCAGAGCAUCACCACACGCGAAUCUACAUGCCUCAUUCUCGACGCCGGUCAUAUCAGUGUGAACAGCGAACUUGCCGACAUAGCCACCACCAAGGAAAUCCAAUCCAAGCAGAGCCAGGCAUACACUGAUGCCGACUUCAAACGCCUGGAAUCACUCAUGUAUGACCGUUUUAUUGUGAAAUUGACGUCAACCCAACUCUUGAUUGGGCCGUCCAUCGAAGAAACGAAGGCCCAACUGGUCACAAGAGAUGAUGCCAUGCGUCUGCACAUUGUGGACAAAAUCAAUGUUGACUUUAUUGUCGAGACUUCCAUACUUCCAAGGGCCCCGAAUCUGACGAGAGUGAAGAUGUCUGGCCGCAUGCCUAUGCUUCAUGCCUCAGUAUCGGACACCAAAUACAAGAGUUUGAUAAAAAUUAUAGAUGUGGCUAUUCCAAAAUUCGACGCUGAAUUCCCAGAGCCAGAAGAAGAAAGUCCCAGAGCACCGCUUAGCCGAUCACGCAUUCUCAGCGAGUCUUCCACACCAAAUCUCCGGAAUAGCCAGCAGCCGCCAUCUCAGUUACUGUCAUUGAACUCGUCACAGGAACCAGCCAUUGUUUUAGACGAUGACGACGACGAAGAUAAUUUUGAAGAUGCUCACAGCGGCGGGUCCAUCAGUGAGCAGCUCAAGUUACAGCAAAGGAUGUUUCAAUUCACUUUCUCAGUCGACAAGCUUCGCGGAUCACUUUUCCGAAGCGACCCGGACAAUGAACAGCCAGACUCGUUGCUGGUCGAGCUCGUUGCUCAAGAUUUCAACCUCGACUUUUAUCUGAGGCCCUUUGAUAUAGCGGCUGAAGUAUCCCUCGGGUCUGUCAGUGUUGAUGACUUUGUCUCAAACCCGCCGGCUGAAUUCAAAUCGAUCGUCUCGUCUGGCGACGUCGAGGAUAAGCAGCAACAACGCGCUCUUGUUCACGUCAAAUUUGUGCGUGUGAAAAGAGAGUCGCCUGAAUUCAUGCCUGUUUACGAGGGGGUGGAGACGAAUGUUAACGUUGCUAUCUCUACCAUCAAUCUCAUCGUCACCCGCAAGACGCUCUUAACGUUGUUGGAUUUUAUUCUCGUCACAUUUGCCGAUGCUGGCAAUAGUGACAGCGCAAAAAUCCACGACUCGCCGAGAGACACAAAGCCAAGGACGUCUGUAUUGUUGGUAGCGGUCGGUGAGGAUGGAGGGAAUGAAGCCACUUUGAACACCUUUGAAGAACAGCGAGGUUCGGAAGGCAGUGCUAUUCGGGUAAAAGUGGAUCUGAAAACUAUCCGCCUCAUCCUGAACAACGACGGUGUCCGGCUAGCAACGCUGUCGUUCAACCAUGCCGAUGUAGGGUUGUUUCUUCUUGGUCCCGCUCUGCGUCUGUCUACAAAACUUGGCAACUUGACCUUGACUGACGAUGUCAAUCUUGGGUUGCCCGAGUCCUCCGAACUUCGCAAGCUAAUCACCAUCGAGGGUGACGACUUGGCCGACUUCCGCUAUGAAACAUUUGAUGUGGCGAAUGCGAAGACGUAUCCUGGCUUUGACUCGUCCAUAUUUCUCCGUGCUGGUUCUGUCAAAGUUAAUUUCAAGGAGGAAUCUUUCCGAAAAAUCAUCAACUUCCUUGUCAAGUUCGGCAAGAUGCAGGCUGUCUACAACGCAGCACGACAAGCUGCCACCAACCAGGCUACAAAUUUGCAACAAAGUCAGAGUCGUUUCAAAUUUGAUGUCGUCAUCAAGACGCCGAUUGUCAUGUUCCCCCGGGUCGUCCUUCCUGGUCGCGCAAAGCGUGAUCUCUUGACCGCAUAUUUGGGCGAAAUCUACGCACAGAACAGUUUUGCGCCUCUUGACGGCUCUCACGAGCCUACGACCGCCAUGAAACUGUCUGCCGGUAUUCGUAAUAUUCGCUUGACCUCACUCCUUCAUUAUCCCGGAGACAAAUCUGAAGAACUCCAGCUUAUCGAUCACGUGGACCUAGCCUUUCAAGUCACACAUGCAGAACACAGUCCCGGUGCGAAGCGCCCUGAUACUGAAAUUGUCGGACACAUGACAGACCUCAACCUCAGGAUCACUCAGUGCCAGCUGCGCUUUCUGCUUGAGAUAUCCAAGACCGUCCCGGCUGCUUUCACUUCUGAUGGAGAUCAGCAACGGGUCAACGAGGAAUUGGAGCUUGACAUUGACGACCGUACCCUUCAGCGAGCUCGGUCCGGCUUUAAUUUCCAAGCUGGCCAUGAGGAAGACGAAUCGCGCAUUGUUGAUCUCGGCCCCGAGCUCGGGUCGCACUCAGAUACGUGGACAAAAGUUGAUCUCGUUUUCAAAAUAGGAAGCAUCGGUCUCGAGUUGAUCAAUGGCAUGGAUGACCAGCCUGUUGAAAGUUCAGACAAUGCCAGUCUCUCUCGAUUUUCCCUAGAUCGCAGUCAAUUGAAGCUCAGAGCGCAAGCGAACGGUUCCUUGGAGGCCGAGUUGGCCAUCGAUUCUUUCACCAUCCACGACAGCAGGCGUGGUGAGGCAAACAAGUACCGUCGAAUAAUGUCAUCUUCCAACAAAAACGGGCAGCAGUUUAUGGCCGGCUUCACCAUGUCCGGAGGAAUCGAACAAAACAUCAUUGCCCUCGUUGCUAUCGACAGCCCUAGGGUUAUCUUCGCGUUGGACUACAUUUUCGCUAUCCAGCGGUUUAUUGUUGCCGGUUUCACACCGAGACAGCCAUUGUCACCGAACGAUGUCCCUCUCAGCCCAAUCAACGUGCUAGAAGGUUCAGACGCCGAUUCUCAGCAGAUGUCAUUCUAUGGCCUUCAGGUGCAACGGGAGCAAAGUCGGAAAAGCAGUGACAUGGGCCUUCUCGGCCUUGACCAGAAACCGCAAGAUCAAUCUGAGCCGACGCUGAACAUCUCUUUCCGUAUCAAUGUUGUCGAUGCUCAAAUCAUCCUCAUCGCAAACCCCCUGAGUACAUCAUCUGAGGCGAUUGUUCUCGGUACGAAACAAGUUUUGCUCUCACAGCAGCAUGUCACCACCUUUCAAUUGUCUCAGGUUGGUAUGUAUCUCUGCCGCAUGGACCAUUUUGAAGACUCUCGACUACGAAUCAUCGACGACUAUUCUGUCCAAUUGUCUAUAGAUGGCUCAAAGCCCAAUUUUCUGGCUAUCAGUGUGGAUGUUGAGCCUUUGGUACUUCGGCUUUCGUUGCGGGAUAUUUUGCUAGUACUGCAGAUCAUCAGAAGAGCAUCUGAGUUAUCUCAAGGCAGUCAAAAAGAGGAGCUCAAACCGUCAGCGGCUGAUAAAAAGGCAAAGCAACUUCGCCAGCCCGGGACAAAGCAGCGCAUUGCUAGCGGCCGGAUCCCUCCAACAUUGCCUAAUCAAUCAACGCCAUUGCAAACGGCAAGUGCAGAAACUCCACAGAGAGCAAUUGGUUCAGGCGCUCAGAUGCCGCGUUCUGGACAGACUUCUUCGAGAGAGUGUUCCAUAUUGAAAGAUGGCCAAGAGCAGAAAGAACACGAAGAACUCACAGCAACUGUCGACGGGAUCCGCAUCAUCUUGAUUGGUGAUCUUCAUGAAUUGCCCAUUUUGGACAUGAGCAUCAAGAAAUUUUCCAUGAUCGCAGAAGAUUGGUCGAGCUGUCUAGGAGCAAAUACUUCCAUCGAAAUGUAUACGAACGUGUACAACUUCUCAAAGUCUGCAUGGGAGCCCCUCAUCGAGCCAUGGCAGGUAGCAGUCGGUGUACGUCGCGAUAGGGACACUGGUCUGCUGGCUAUCGAUGUCACAUCCAGACGCACCUUUGAUGUGACUAUUACGACUGCAGCAAUUGCUUUGGCUUCAAAGUCAUUCGAUUUUCUCACCCAGAACCAGGAUGUUCUCAGCAAGCCCCGUGGAGAAGACGCGCCAUAUCGAAUUCGAAACUACACAGGAUUCGGUGUCGUUGUCACAUCCAGAAACCAAUCAUCCAACGAAAAUAUACAAGUCCGCCUUGAAGACAGUGAAGAGGCUCCAUGGUCAUUUGAGCAGUGGGAAAAGAUGCGUGAGAAUUUGGUUUCGGAGUCUCAAUCUGCGAGCGUUCAGAUCCUUUUGGAAAGCUCUGGAUUUGAUGCAGUCAAGAAUAUCCAUCUCAGUCGCGAAGGAGAGUUCCUGUUUAGUCUUCAGCCCAAAAGCAACCAGGUACUACACCGCCUUCUUGUUGAUGUCAGGUUGGGUCAUGACAAUGUCAAAUAUGUCACACUUCGAAGCCCGUUGCUCGUGGAAAAUGACACGCAGAUACCUAUCGAGAUUGGUGUGUACGAUGCUCGUGAUGGGCAUCUUCUCAAGAUAGAAAAGAUUGCCCCAGGCGAAGCAAGACCAGCGCCGGUAGGGGCUGUCUAUCUCAAGAGCCUCAUUGUACGCCCAGACUCUGGAUUUGGAUAUGACUGGUCCAGCGACACACUCUGGUGGCGUGAUCUCCUCAAACAGCCAACAAAGACGAUGGUUUGCAAGGGCGACCACAGCGAGUCAUUUUUCUUCCAGGUCAACGCCAACUUUGAAAGGGACAAUCCUCUUGUGCAAAGUUAUCCCUACAUGAAGAUAAAAUUAUCUGCGCCUGUGGUUUUGGAGAAUUUGCUGCCCUACGAUUUCAAGUACCGCAUCUACGACAAGAACACAAAGCGAGACUGGACGAACUUCUUGCGGAAGGGCGGUGUUAGUCCUGUCCAUGUCACUGAGCUAUCCCACUUACUUCUCCUCAGCGUGGACAUGCAGGACACGUCAUUCAAACCCAGUGAAUUCGCUAUCAUCAAUUCAGGAACGUCUGGGGACUUUGCCAAGGAAACAUCGCUCGUUUGCAAAGACGAUGCUGGCCUCAACCUUCAUCUUCGGCUUUAUUACCAUCGCAUUUUAGGUGCUGGCGGUGCAUUCAAGGUGACAGUGUAUAGCCCUUAUGUCAUCUUGAACAAAACGGGCGUGGACUUGGAUGUGCGCUCCAAAGGCUUCAUGCAACAGGCCAAAUCCGCAGCAGGUCAGAUCCUUGCAGAGACGACAAGAAACAGUCGAACUUCAGUCGAGCGUCCAAAAGUUGUGCCAUUCAUGUUCUCCUAUUCCAAUGAUGACCACCAUAACAGGGCAUUGCUCAAAGUCGGCGACUCUGAGUGGAGCAAACCCCAGAGUUUUGAUGCUAUCGGAAGCUUUUCCGAGGUUGUUUUGCAGUCAACACAAGCGCGUUCCACGGAAAUUCAUAUUGGCAUUUCUGUCGAGCAGGGCGAAGGAAAAUACAAAAUGACAAAAAUUGUGACCCUUGCGCCUCGAUUUGUCAUUCAGAACAAUCUGGAUGAAAGCAUCAACAUUCGCGAGCCAAGCUCAUCGACCGUCAUGCCGAUAAACGCGGGGGCUCUCCAACCAUUGCACUUCUUGCAAAAGAGUGCCACCAAGCAGCUUUCCUUGUGCUACGCGGAUUUCGGCAGCCAGUGGUCAUCACCGUUCAAUAUUUCCGAUAUUGGGACGACAUUCAUCAAAAUGGCUAAGCCAGGUCAGCGUCAGCUCCUUGUUCGCGCAGACAUUCUCAUGGAGGGCGCCACAAUAUUCCUGAACUUCAGCAUCGAAGCCAAGAACUGGCCGUUUUCCAUGCGCAACGAAAGCGACAGUGAUUUUACGUUCUACCAGGCAAACCCGAACGUGGAUGAGGACGGCGUUGAGGACGUGUCUGGAUGGCGACCGAUCCGCUACCGCCUGCCUCCGCGAAGCAUCAUGCCGUAUGCGUGGGACUUCCCGGCAGCGAAAUACCGCGAAGUCGUUAUCAACACGACCGGGAAGGAAAGACACGUCAAGCUCGCCGAAAUUGGAAAUCAGCUGCCCAUGAAAGUUGUGCCUAUCUCGGGGCAGACGAAGAUCAUUGAUAUAAAUGUAACAGCUGAUGGUCCGACGCAAACUUUGAUUUUGUCUAAUUAUCGGCCGUCCAUGAGCCUGUACCGUCAGCGCAGUCAACUAUCCACAACGAGCACUUCUGGCAGCACCAGUGGUAGUGGAGAGCGCAGCAGAACAAGUUUUGAAGCCAAAGAACAAGACACGGACAUAAAUUUUCGGGCUCAACUUCGACUGGCCGGAAUUGGUGUGUCUCUGAUCAACUCUCAGCUGAAAGAGCUUGCUUACGUCACCCUGCGAGAUGUGCAAUUGAAGUACCAAGACUCUCUGCUGUACCAGACAAUCACCAUGGCAGUCAAAUGGAUACAGGUGGACAACCAGCUCUAUGGUGGAAUAUUUCCGAUGAUACUCUAUCCCAGUGUGGUAACUAAGCGUGCCCAAGACAUUGAUUCUCAUCCGUCUCUUCACCUCAUGAUCACACGCGUCAAGGACGACUCGUAUGGCGUCGAAUAUAUCAAAUACGCCACCGUUCUUCUUCAGGAGAUGACUCUGGAACUGGAUGAAGAUUUUGUGUUUGCCGUCCUGGAUUUCUCCAAGUUGCCCGGAGAAUCGUGGGCAUCUGAGGGAGAUCACGGGCAGCUUUGUGACGAUAGCAUUGGAAUACCAAAGCUGAAAAUGCAACAGUCAGGCAAGGAGCUAUACUUCGAGCUGCUAAAUUUGCAGCCGAUGCAACUGAACAUAUCAUUUGUGCGCACUGAACGCGUCAACGCUGAAGACAAGUCAUCAUCACGAAACCCGUUGAUGUUCUUCUUCAACAUCCUCACAAUGGCUAUUGGCAAUGUCAACGAUGCGCCAGUGCGGCUCAAUGCGCUCAUACUUGAGAAUGUGCGCGUUUCUAUUCCUGUGUUGACACAAAAUAUCUCCAGCCAUUACAGCCAGGAAACACUGUAUCAAAUCCACAAGAUUUUGGGCUCAGCCGACUUUCUCGGCAAUCCAGUUGGCCUGUUCAACAACAUCUCGUCUGGUAUAACUGAUAUAUUCUACGAACCAUAUCAGGGUCUUAUCAUGUCUGAUCGUCCUGAAGAACUGGGUCUUGGGUUGGCCCGUGGUGCUGCAUCAUUUGUCAAAAAGUCCGUUUAUGGUGUCAGCGACUCUGUCUCCAAAUUCACAGGAGCUAUGUCCAAAGGAUUGGCUGCAGCGACAUUAGACAAGCAAUUUCAGGACCGACGGCGCAUCACAAGGGCACGCAAUCGCCCCAAACAUGCGCUGUAUGGCGUGACAGCGGGUGCCAAUUCAUUCAUCACAUCUGUGGCUUCUGGGGUAGGAGGUUUGGCAAGAAAGCCCUUAGAGGGGGCCGAGCAAGAAGGAGCGCUUGGCUUUUUUAAGGGUAUUGGCAAAGGCGUCAUAGGUGUGGCGACAAAGCCUGUUAUCGGGGUCCUCGACCUAGCAAGCAAUGUGUCGGAAGGCAUCCGCAACACUACGACCGUGUUUGACGGUUCAGAGCUGGACCGAGUUCGUCUAACACGGUUUAUACCAGCAGAUGGAAUUGUCCGUCCCUACAGCCAGAGGGAGGCUUUAGGACAGUUCUGGCUGAAGCAGGUGGACAACGGGAGGUACUUCGACGAGAUAUACAUUGGGCAUCUGGAUCUGCCACAAGAGGACAUGGUGGUCAUGGUGACAUAUGCACGGAUCUUGCUUAACCGGUCUCGGCGACUGACAACGGAAUGGGACGCCCCUCUAAGGGAUAUCCAGGGCAUCUCCAAGGAGCGCACAGGAAUCAGCAUCACUCUGCGGGGAAAUAUGAACGGGCCUUUUGUCCCCGUGGUGGAAGAAAGCGGAAGGACAUUCUUGUACAGGAUGGUGACUGUGGCUGUGGAGGAAUUCAACAGGCGGUCAAGGGUUUUGUAA